AUGAAUUCGGUAGCUGGGAAUAAAGAGAGGCUUGCGGUCUCCAACCGGGGCAAGAAAUACGGGGUGAAUGAGGUCUGCUCGCCCACCAAGCCCGCGGCUCCCUUCUCCCCUGAGAGCUGGUACAGGAAAGCCUACGAGGAAUCGCGCGCUGGGAGCCGGCCUACCCCCGAGGGCGCAGGCUCGGCGCUGGGCUCGUCGGGGACCCCGUCCCCCGGCUCGGGCACCUCGUCCCCGAGCUCCUUCACCGGAUCCCCGGGUCCCGCCUCUCCGGGUAUCGGCACCAGCUCGCCGGGCUCCCUGGGCGGCUCGCCGGGCUUCGGCACCGGUUCCCCGGGSUCUGGCAGCGGCGGCGGCUCCUCCCCCGGCUCGGACCGCGGCGUCUGGUGCGAGAACUGCAACGCCCGCCUGGUGGAGCUGAAGAGGCAGGCUCUCAAGCUGCUCCUCCCGGGGCCCUUCCCGGGCAAGGAUCCUGCUUUCUCAGCUGUGAUUCAUGACAAGCUCCAGGUCCCUAAUACCAUCCGGAAGGCAUGGAAUGACCGAGACAACCGCUGUGACAUUUGUGCCACACACCUGAACCAGCUGAAGCAGGAGGCCAUCCAGAUGGUGCUGACUUUGGAGCAGGCAGCUGGCAGUGAGCACUAUGAUGCCUCACCUGGAUCACCACCACCRCUCUCCAAUGCCUCCACCCUGGUGGGGUCACGGCAUGGGGGUGGGCUCCAGCAGCCCAGGGAUUGGGCCUUUGUGCCUGCCCCGUAUGCCACCUCCAACUAUACAGGCCUUGUCAACAAGCACAGCAGCAAGCCCAAUAGCCUUGGGGUCAGCAAUGGAGCAGAAAAGAAGAGUGGGUCCCCCACCCAUCAGGCCAAGGUCAGCCUCCAGAUGGCCACAAGUCCCAGCAAUGGGAACAUCCUUAACUCGGUGGCCAUUCAGGCUCAUCAAUACCUGGAUGGCACCUGGUCCCUUUCAAGAACCAAUGGAGUCACCCUGUACCCUUACCAGAUCUCCCAGCUGAUGACAGAGACAAGCCGGGAGGGCCUGACAGAAGCAGCUCUGAACCGCUACAAUGCAGACAAGCCAGCGGCCUGCAGYGUCCCCGCCUCACAGGGCUCCUGUGUGGCCAGUGAGACUUCCACAGGCACCUCGGUGGCUGCUUCCUUCUUUGCAAGAGCUGCUCAGAAGUUAAAUCUGUCUUCCAAAAAGAAGAAACAUCGACCUUCUACUUCUUCUGUUGCUGAGACACCUCUCUUUGCCACCAGCUUCAGUGGGAUUCUGCAGACCUCCCCUCCCCCAGCCCCACCCUGUCUGCUGAGGGCUGUCAACAAGGUGAAGGACACUCCAGGCCUGGGCAAGGUGAAAGUCAUGCUUCGUAUUUGUUCCACGUUGGCUCGUGAUACCUCAGAAUCCAGCUCUUUCUUAAAGGUAGACCCUCGGAAGAAGCAGAUCACCUUGUAUGAUCCCCUGACUUGUGGAGGUCAAAAUGCCUUCCAAAAGAGAAGCAACCAGGUCCCUCCUAAGAUGUUUGCCUUUGAUGCAGUUUUUCCACAAGAUGCUUCACAAGCUGAAGUGUGUGCUGGAACCGUGGCAGAGGUGAUCCAGUCUGUGGUCAACGGGGCRGAUGGCUGCGUGUUCUGUUUUGGCCAUGCCAAGUUGGGAAAAUCCUAUACCAUGAUCGGGAAGGACGAUUCCAUGCAGAACCUUGGCAUCAUUCCCUGUGCCAUCUCUUGGCUCUUUAAGCUCAUCAAUGAACGGAAAGAAAAGACGGGAGCCCGUUUCUCUGUUCGAAUCUCAGCCGUAGAGGUGUGGGGGAAAGAAGAGAACCUGCGGGACCUUCUAUCUGAGGUGGCCACUGGCAGCCUGCAGGAUGGCCAGUCCCCAGGCGUGUACCUCUGCGAAGACCCCAUCUGUGGCACACAGCUGCAGAACCAGAGUGAGCUGAGGGCCCCSACUGCAGAGAAGGCGGCUUUCUUCCUGGACGCUGCCAUUGCUUCCCGUCGGAGCAAUCAGCAGGACUGCGAUGAAGAUGACCACCGCAACUCCCACAUGCUCUUCACCCUGCACAUCUACCAGUACCGGAUGGAGAAGAGCGGGAAAGGCGGAAUGUCUGGAGGUCGAAGUCGCCUGCAUCUCAUUGAUCUUGGCAGCUGUGUGAAAGCUCUUAGCAAAAAUCKAGAAGGAGGUUCAGGGCUGUGCCUCUCAUUGUCUGCACUGGGCAAUGUCAUCCUCGCUCUCGUCAAUGGCAGCAAACACAUCCCAUACAAAUCAGUCACAGACGUGCUUUGGGCCCAGGCAGCUGUGCUGACUUCACCUCCUUCUCUCCGUGGUCCAAUAACUUCGAGAAAGCACGUGGAGCCUAAGGCAGUCUAUUGUCAUGAGCUUCAGACUGUAAGCAAACACUACCCGCAGCAGAAACCUCCAUCCCGCCAGAGCAAUAAGGAUGUCCUUGCCCAGCUCUGUAAUGGGAACACUUUUCCUCCAAAGGCUUUAUACACGUCGAGCUCCUCUGGUGGAGAAAGCUCCUGUGAGGAAGGUAGAAUGCGCAGGCCCACCCAGCUGAGACCCUUCCAUACCAGAGCCACGGUGGACCCCGACUUCCCCAUUGCUCACCUGUCCAGUGAUCCUGACUACUCCUCCAGCAGCGAGCAGUCUUGUGACACUGUCAUCUACAUCGGGCCUAACGGCACAGCCCUCUCCGACAAGGAGCUCACCGACAAUGAGGGCCCCCCAGACUUUGUUCCCAUUGUGCCUGCCCUGCAGAAGACCAGAGGUGACAGCCGGCCCACAGAGGCAGGAGAGGCUGCAGCCAGCAAAUCAGAAAGGGACUGCUUGAAGUGUAACACAUUUGCUGAGCUGCAAGAGAGACUAGACUGCAUUGAUGGCAGCGAGGAGCCCAGUAAGUUUCCUUUCGAAGAGCUGCCUGUACAGUUUGGGGCAGAGCAGGCGAGCAAAUGCCCCUCGUUAAGCCAAGUGGCUGGGGCAAACUCACUCUCUGAGUCGGAUAAGGAAGACAACGGGUCAGAUGGCCCGCUGACUGAUCGGGAAGGCACAGACAACCUGGCCUGUAAGAUGCAAAGGAAUCACUCCCCUGUGCCUGCCACAGCACGCUGCAGCAGCCCCACCCCAGCCUCACCCCGAAGCAUCCCAGGCAGCAGCGGCCAGAUGGUGCAGAGCCCCAGCCUCCAGAGCAGUCGGGAGAGCCUGAACUCCUGUGGCUUCAUGGAGGGCAAGCCCAGGCCCAUGGGCUCGCCCCGGCUGGGCAUUGCCAGCCUGUCCAAGACCUCUGAGUACAAACCCCCUAGCUCUCCUUCGCAGAGAUGCAAAGUGUACACCCAGAAAGGGGUCCUGCCAACCUCUGCCCCACUGCCACCCUUGAACAAGGAUUCUGGCAUGGUCUCUAGCGAGUCCUUGCUGCAGCCUGAGGUACGUACUCCUCCAGUUGGAAUGAGCCCCCAGGUUUUGAAGAAAUCUAUGUCUGCUGGAAGUGAGGGGUUCCCAGAAACCCCUGUUGAGGAUGAGCAUCAGGCAGCAUCUCCCCCAGACUCCAAGAAGGAGAUCCUGAGCACCACAAUGGUGACCGUGCAGCAGCCACUGGAGCUGAACGGGGAGGACGAGCUGGUGUUCACGCUGGUGGAGGAGCUGACCAUUAGUGGGGUCCUGGACAGUGGCCGCCCCACCAGCAUCAUCAGCUUCAAUAGCGACUGCUCUGUGCAGGCCUUAGCCUCGGGCUCCCGGCCUGUCAGCAUCAUCAGCAGCAUCAGCGAGGACCUGGAGGGCUACUCCAGCAUGGCUCCCGUCUCUGAGGUGAGCAUCACACAGUUCUUGCCCCUUCCGAAGCUGAGCCUGGAUGGGAAGGCCCGGGAAACAGGCAGCAGGCGUUCCUCCAUCAGCUCCUGGCUAAGCGAGAUGAGCGCCGGCAGUGAUGGCGAGCAAUCAUGUCACAGUUUCAUAGCCCAGACAUGUUUUGGGCAUGGGGAGGCCAUGGCAGAACCUCCAGCCUCGGAGUUUGUUAACAGCAUCCAGAACACUGCUGUGGUGUGCAGAGAGAAGCCCAAGGCAGGCCCUGACAACCUGCUCAUCUUGUCUGAGGUCGGGGAAGACUCUUUCAACAAAGCCACCCCCAUCAAAAGCUGCAAAAUAUCCACACUGGGCAAGGCCAUGGUCACCAUCUCCAAUACAGCCAACCUGAGCAAUUGCGAAGGGUACAUCCCCAUGAAGACCAACAUCACGGUUUACCCCUGCAUCGCCAUGAGCCCUCGGAACGUGCAAGAGCCUGAGGCUUCUACUGCCAUCUCCAAAACAGCUGCCAGAGCAGCCCCGUCCCAGGAGAGUAAAGAAACCAGUGCAAAGAAAGAGAUGAAAUUUGAGGACCCCUGGCUGAAACGAGAAGAGGAAGUGAAAAAAGAGAAUGCUUUUCCCAGUGAAGAAGGGAUUAGAUAUGAGAYUGCCACAGGCCCCACUAAGCCUGAGACCAGACCAGAGCAAGAACAGGAUAGGAAGCCCAGCYCGGGCGAYAGGCUCAGCAGCAGCAGUGGASAGGUAUCUGCCUCCCCAGUGACUGACAACUUCAAGAGGGUUGUGGAUGGCUGUGAGAUGGCUCUGCCUGGUUUGGUGGCCCAGAGCCCAAUGCAUUCCAGCAAAAGCCUGAAAUCCAGCAGCCUUCCUAGAGCAUUUCAGAAAGCCAGCAGACACGAGGAGCUGGACAGCCUCUUCUACCACUGCAGUGCCGACACCAAUGGUCUGGGGACAACAUCAGGCACCCAGGCCUCUAAGGCAACCCUGGAGCGCAAGGUGGCUUCACCCAAGCAUUGUGUUCUUGCCCGGCCUAAAGGGACUCCCCCUCUGCCUCCUGUCCGCAAGUCCAGCUUGGACCAGAAGAACCGGGCCAGCCCCCAGCACAGUGCCAGCAGCAGCAGCACCAGCAGCCCCUUGAACCAGCCAGCCACCUUCUUGGCCAGCUUCCCUGAUGAGCCCAGCAGCAAGAUGAAGGACGCCAGUAGCAGCAGCAAGCUCUUCAGCGCCAAGCUGGAGCAGCUGGCCAGCAGGACCAACUCUCUUGGCAGAACAACAGUCAGCCACUACGAAUGCUUGUCGCUGGAGAGGGCCGAGAGCCUGUCCUCCAUGARCUCGCGACUGCACGCCGGCAAAGACAGCACCAUGCCCCGUGCUGGCAGGAGCCUGGGCCGCAGCAGCGCAGGGGCCUCACCACCCAGCUGCAGCGCCACCCAGUCAGCAGGGGCGUCGCCCAAGGCCAGCCAGUCCAAGAUUUCAGCAGUGAGCAAGCUCCUCCUGGCCAGCCCCAAAGCCCGCAGCCUGUCCACCCCCACCACCAAAACCCUCAGCUUCUCCACCAAGUCGCUGCCUCAGUCAGUGGGCCAGAGCUCCAAUGUGCCCCCCAGCGGGAAGCACAUGUCCUGGUCCACCCAGUCGCUCAGCAGGAACCGAAGCUCUGGAUUGGCUUCCAAACUGCCGCUGAGAGCAGUCAAUGGGCGCAUCUCCGAGCUGCUGCAGGGGAAUGGGGGCGCCCGGGGCUUGCAGGUACGGGCUGGACCCGAGGCGGAGGAGCGCAGUGGGGCCCCCGUGGAGGACAAGCCUGCAGCAGCGCACCUGCUGCCCUCGCCCUACAGCAAGAUCACCCCACCGCGGAAGCCACACCGGUGCAGCAGCGGGCACGGCAGCGACAACAGCAGCGUGCUGAGCGGGGAGCUCCCRCCGGCCAUGGGGAAGACUGCCCUCUUCUACCACAGUGGUGGCAGCAGCGGCUACGAGAGCAUGAUGAGGGACAGCGAGGCCACCGGCAGCGCGUCCUCGGCCCAGGACUCCAUGAGCGAGAACAGCAGCUCUGUGGGCGGCAGGUGCCGGAGCCUGAAAACCCCAAAGAAACGGUCCAAUUCAGUCGACUUGGAGCAGGUGCUGGAGCUGGAUUCCCUGGAGUACCUGGAGGCCCUGGAGUGCGUCACGGAGCGCCUGGAGAGCCGCGUCAACUUCUGCAAGGCCCAUCUCAUGAUGAUCACCUGCUUUGACAUCACCUCCAGGCGCCGAUAA